UCACGUCCCGUUUGGAAUUGCGGAAGGCGCCAGAUUUGAAGACCUCUGCGAAAAUAAAACAAGACUUCAUCAAAUGGAGAACCUAAGACACAGAGGUGUGUUAGACCACCUGAUGAUGUUAGAGAGGACAGAAGCAGCAGGAUCGCAGAGACAUCAAAAGGAGCGUCUGGAGGAACUGCGUACAACAGCAGCAACACUUAGGGCAAAAAGAGACCGAAUCCGGGAGGAAAUCUCCGCCAUAAAGAAUCUAAAAGAUAAAAUGGACCAGGGGCUUCCACUGGACGAUGCUGAAUCUGUAAACAUUGUUAAAAUUGAGCAGUAUCUGCUGAUGUCUCAGCGUUUGCAGCUUGAGGACCUUCAAACUGCUCAUCGGCUUAUUGCUGGUUACAACUUGGUAGAAAGCAAGCAAGGCAAAAGUGUGUGUGUGUCAUUUCACACUGCCUUUGAGGGUGUUUGCCUGAAAACUUACAACAUGGAGGUGGACCUUACACGCAUGGUGCAGAUCAGUCAUCAUAACAUCCCUCCAUGUAUUCCUCUGGAGAAACUCGCCAAGGAGAACCUACAGACUGAUUUUAAAGGAUUCCUCCAAACAUUAAACCUUCACCUCAAUGCUUUAGCUGGGCGCAAAAAGCAGAUUUCUCUCAUUAAGGAGCUCAUUGCCACAGUAGAAAUCAUUGAGCAAAAUCAGUUGUGCAACUUUCUUGCCCUCGUAUGUAAAGCACCAGGCGAGUGUGAUGAGGCUGUUCUGUGCACCCUGGAGUAUGGUGAUCUCACCCGAAGUCUUCCUACUCAUGUUGUUAUCGAUAGUGAAAAUAAAACACUUAUAGAAUCUCCACAGUGGAAGGAGAACCAAGUGUUGCUCAUGGAGAUUCCGGUUCACACUGCUCUUUUGACCAUGAGAAAACUGGGAAGCAUUUCAUGAACAUAGAUGAAACAAUUUAAAAAGACAUGCAUGUUUACAUAGUCAUCUGAGUCACUUUCACAUCAGCUUUUAAAUACAGGGUGUGACCCCUUUUUUUUUUUUUGACAAAAUGUGACUAAUUGACUGUGUAGCAUGGCAUGAUGGCUAAAGUCUGGAGCAAAUGGAAUGAUCAGUAUUAAAGGUAAUAAUUGUAUUACUAGCAAAAAUAAAGUGUGUAUGUGUGUGUGUGAGAGAGAGAGAGAGAGAGAGAGAAGGACAUUCCAGAAUGUUCUUAAUAAAAAGUAAUCACAUAUCCAUACCCAACUUACAAAAAAAGGGCAGCAAAAAACAGUUUGUUCCUCACAUAUUAUACUAUAUAUUUUUAUUUAUGUACAGUUAAGUUGCUUCUAAUGUCUUGAAGAAAAUCUGCAUUUUCUGUUGCAUUUUUUCUCGGUACAGUCGUUUCACACAUUCCUUCUUUUGACUCCUCUGUUCUUCCUGGAUUGCCAGCUCUUUUUGUGAGAUUCUAUCGAUUAAGGCCAAGUCUUUUAGAUACAUGAUGGAUAACUGUUCUGAUUCAGAGGUCUGUGGUGGGGCAAAUGAGGCUGAUUUUGUGAUCCUUAUUUCUUGCAUCUGUUCACUUUGAUUUAAAAGUGCUUCACUUGACAAUAUCCUCUGCCUUCCUGGAGCUGAUUUUGUCGUUCUUGUCUCCGAUAUAGUUCUCAUUGUAUUUGUAAUAGUUGCAUGAGGUUCACAGACUCUUAAAUGCAAUAACUUUUUGUGUUCCAUCAGCAGAAAUUCUUUGUCUUGAUAAAGCAAUUUGAGAUCUAAUUUGUAUUUUCUGUGAAUUUGCUCCAGUUUCCACUGAAGAUCAAUGUCUUCUUUGUGAUUCUUUAGCCUUGUGUCAAUAAACAGCAAAUGCUUAGAUUUUUUAA